AUGCCACCACCACCAUCAGCAGUACUUAAGAAAAAAACGACGUCGAAAAAUCCACCAUUUCUUAGUCAAGAAUUUCUUAUUCAAAAUCAUGGUGACAUUGCAUCUUCUAUUAUAAUGAUUCUAACUCUUGGUGCUGUAUUUCAUGUUACAUCACCUUAUUUUACGGUAUUUUUUGGUCCUCGCCAUAAUGCUACAAAUUUUAUAUCAUAUAGUACAGUACCAGCUACACUUUUUAAUUAUGGUUAUAAAGAUUUAGCUAUGCUUUUUGCUUAUACUCUUGUAUGUAUAACAGUUCAUGCUAUUUGGCAAGAAUAUGUAUUAGAUAAAUUAAAUAAAAAAUUACAUUUAUCAAAAUCUAAAAAUGCAAAAUUUUUUGAAUCUGGUCAACUUAUUCUAUUCUAUGUUAUAAGUGUUCUAUGGGCAUUAAAAUUAUUUCAGGAUGAAUCUUAUUUUCAAUCGGGUAUAGAAUAUCUUUGGCGUGAUUAUCCUUAUAUAGGUAUGACAAUAUGGACACAACUUUUUUUUAUUAUACAAAUUUCUUAUUGGUUACAUAAUUAUCCUGAAUUAUAUAUACAAAAAGUUCGAAAAGAAGAUAUACCAUCUCGUAUUUUUUAUACAAGUUUACAUUUAAUAACAAUUCUUUAUGGUUAUUUAACACGUUUUUGGCGUAUAUCAUUAAUUCUAUUAACAAUACAUUAUUUUAUUGAAAUUUUUCAUCAUUUAUCACGUUUAGCUUAUUUUUAUACUACAGCUAAAAUACAUUCAAUAAAAGCUAAAUCAAUUUCUAAAUAUUUACUUAACAUAUGGUAUUAUAUAUUUAUAGUUGGUCGUUUAAUAUCAAUAGUUUUAAUAUGGUUAACAUUUUGGUUUGGUUUAAAAAGUUCAUCUGUUAAUAAAAUAUCAUAUACAUCAACAUCUCUUACAGAUUCAAAUGAUACAUCAAAUGAAUCAAUUAUGGUUUCUAAUUUUAAUACACCAACUGUACGUUUAUUUACACUUGUUACAAUGGGUGCUUUACAAUUUUGGCUGGUUUGGAAUUUUAUUCAAUUUCACAUGAGACGUCGACGUGAACAAGGUGGUGCACAAUCAACAGCAACAACUUUAACAAAAGUUUCAAAUAAACUUAAACAAAAACAACAAGAUUUAAAAACUGAUAAAUCAGAAACUGAUGAAACAGAUGAACGUCCUGCUAUAGUUGCCAAUGGUAUUGGUAAUAAAAAAAGCAAUUAA